AUGGAUGGCCUACCAUCAUGCGCGCUGGCUUGCCUUUCGCAAGCCGUGUCCUCGUCGAGCUGCUCAAUCCUCGACGUCGACUGCAUCUGCCAUGAUGCGCCGCUCACAGCGCAGGUCAAGAACUGCGGGUUGCAGAACUGCACUACAAAGGAUAACUUGAGAUCCAUGAAGUUUCUGUACACAAGCUGCGACUAUCCCGUCACAGUAGAGGACAAUGUCUACCCAGCUAUCCUUGUCGCGGGUAUCAUCCUCUCCAGCCUUGCGGUUACACUCCGAAUUGCCGGCCGACUGAUUGGGUCCAAACUUGGUCUCGACGAUGCAGUUGCUGCACUAUCGCUGGCACAUGCGAUUGCCAUCACAGCCAUCGGGCUUCUCUUCAAACGCCUUGGGCUCGGCCACGACAUCUGGUUCCUCCCUUUUGAUCAUAUCACCCAAAUCCUCCACCUCUUCUUCUCUGUCGAAAUCCUAUAUAUGCAGAGCGUCACGCUUACAAAAAUAUCCAUGCUCCUCCUCUUUCUUCGACUGUUCCCCGACCAAGCAUUUCGUCUCGCCACAAAGCUCGUCCUCGCAUUCACCACGGCCUGGGGUAUCGCGAUGCUUAUCACCAAAGCCUUAUCGUGUCGGCCUCUCUCUUAUUUCUGGACUAGAUGGGACGGAGAGCAUGAGGGAGUGUGCAUAGACCAUGAGCAGCUUAUCUGGGCGCACGCGAGCAUUAAUAUCCUUCUCGAUCUGGUGAUCAUCAGUUUGCCCAUGCCGACUCUGCUGAGUAUGAAUCUCUCGUGGAGGAAGAAGCUCGCGAUCUGCGUUAUGUUUGCAGUGGGGAUCGUCGUAAGCGUCGUCUCUGUUUUCCGUCUGGUUUCGUCCAUCAAGCUAGAUAUAACAAAUAAUCCGACCAAAUCUCUCGUCAACAUAGGAAUCUGGUCCCUGGUGGAAGUCUAUCUCGCCCUCAUCUGCGCCUGCAUGCCCGGCAUCCGCGCGUUCUUCAACUACACCUACACCCGCUUCUACGGCAAGUCCUCACAGUACGACUACGACUCAUCCUCUGGUGGCGGAGGGAGAGGUCGAGGAAGUAACGCCUUCUCGUCGCCGGCGGUGCAGUCGCGUACCUUUCAAAGUGCGAGCCGCGAGCAGGGAGAGUUUAUUCGCCUGCAGGAAAUUACCACGGAGAGCUUUAAGACCUGA